AUGAGUAGCAGAGACAGAGAGAGAAGAUGGUCUCUUGAGGGAUUGACUGCUCUUGUUACUGGAGGAACCAAAGGGAUUGGGCACGCUAUAGUGGAAGAAUUGGCAGGGCUAGGUGCGACUAUUCAUACUUGUGCUCGGAAUGAAGUUGAUCUCAAUGACUGCUUGAGCCAAUGGGAGAAGAAGGGUUUUCAAGUCACUGGUUCAGUGUGUGAUGUGGUGUCAAGAACCCAAAGAGAGGAGCUUAUAAACAAAGUCUCAUCAUUGUUUGAUGGAAAACUUAAUAUCCUUAUAAACAAUGUGGGAACUGGCAUACUAAAACCAACGAUGGAGUUCACAGCUGAAGAUUAUACAUUUGUUAUGAGUACCAAUCUUGAAUCUGCUUAUCACUUCUGCCAACUUGCACAUCCUCUGCUCAAAGCUUCAGGAGCCGGCAACAUUGUUUUUCUGUCUUCUGUUGCUGGUGUGGUUUCGGUGGAAGUUGGAUCUGCAUAUUCUGCCACUAAAGGAGCAAUGAAUCAAUUAGCCAAAAACUUGGCAUGUGAGUGGGCAAAAGAUAACAUAAGGACUAAUAGUGUUGCACCUGGGUUCACCAAAACUCCCCUCGUUGAACAUUUUCUCAGCAACGAAAUUUCUUUGAAGAUCAUCAACUCUCGAACACCGUUAGGACGCCCUGGGGAGCCAAAAGAGGUGUCAGCCUUGGUGGCAUUUCUAUGCCUACCUGCGGCCUCUUACAUCACUGGCCAAACUAUUUGCGUUGACGGAGGGAUGACUGUCAAUGGCGUCCUCUUCCAAGGAGCAUGA